AUGCUCGCAGGUAGCAAUACCCCCAAACGUGAUCUUUGCAGUCCCAGCUACUACUUGAGCUACUUAGCAGUCUAUCACCACUAUCUCACAUUUAUCCUUUCAUCACACUUAGAUCCUCACCAUGCCUUUGACUCCGUUGCCCACUCCGUUCUCUACCUGUUCGAAGCUGCUGCUAUGAAAGUCACACCCGUUAACCUGCCCUCCCUGGACAAGCAACGUGUGGAGGGAGCUUUUUGGGCUGUUUCCUCUAAAGGGUAUGACCCACAGUUGGAUUCAAGCAAGGAACUGGGCCUCACCAUGCCCGAGUCUUUGAUAGCCUCGAUCACCGAAAAUCGCCGGAAGGCACUUGGGCUCCAUGAGCGUCAGGCUGCAGAACGCUUCCUGCAAUAUUUCUGGGAUACCUGGAAGGCGGAUUAUGUGAGGAAGAUACCAAUCCGCAAGACAAUCAAGUCCACUACUCAAGGCGAGAAAGGUGGCCCGGACCCUUAUGGGUAUGCUGCGUAUCGCAACCUGGUAUUGGCUGCAAUCAACAGGAAGGGCGGCGUCAUGAAUCAAGUGGAGGAGACUUUGGGAAAGAUUGGGGCUACUCCUGCCGAUCUCUGGAAGGAUGACAGAAGCUUAAACAGGGAACGUCCAGCUACCAAGCGUGUUCUUGAGCAUCAGGUGCCUAUAGCUGACACCCAUGCAAGGCUGGAAGAACGAGAUCGCAAGUAUGAGAACCUUGCGCGGAGCUUAAAGCGUAAGGUAACCACAUCAUGUGCUAGAAUGCAAAAGGUCAACAGUAAACUGGAAGAUGCUCAAAGGCUCAGAUCCCCCAAGGCAUUGCGUGACGCAACAAGGGCUUUGACUGAUUGGCGGAAGAUAGCAAUAGGGACAAAGGAGGUUGAUGAGCUUCACUUCCUGUCCAGGGAACGUACGCUGAAGCAGUUAUGGUCAAGUCUUGGGUUUGGAAGUCUUGAGGAUGAUCUGACGGCGUCAAAAUCUAAAAGCAAGUCAACUCAAGAUGGUCCAAGCAAAGAAGAAAUGCAGGCUGCCUAUGCUUACUAUGUUGAGGAGUACUGCUAUGGAGUUGGCUGUCUUGACAAGUCCAAGCUUCCUAUCCCUACAGUUGGUGUCUCUGGUCUCCACAGUUUGGUGGAUGGGUGCGAGGAUAUUGGGGUAUCGCAUCUCAAGUCCUUGUCCACGGAGGCUUUGUGGGCCCAGCUAGGACUGCCAGGUGUGGAUCAGUUCCUGUUUGCAGAGCCUGGCACUGGUGAAAGCGCCAAAGACAUGGUUCCACUGGCCAAAACUUGUGCGGUGCCGUUUUGGCAUCAAGUGGUAGGCACUCUCAGAAUCUUGGAAGGCGCUUUCACACAGAGAGUGGGCGAUUGCACCCAACCAACUUUACUGUGCAACAAUGUUGGACUUGGAAAGACAGUGCAAAUCAUUGGGGUCAUUAGCAUGAUCCAACAUUACUAUAAGCAACAGGAACUGCCAGCCAAAGAGCGUCUUGCAACACCCAUGUUUAUCCAAGAGCAAAGCUUGCCAUACUUUGCAGGCCAAAAGACCAUACCAAAUUUGCCAUCAAUUGUCAUUACUCCGCGGACACUUGGCAAUCAAUGGAUGGAGCAAUGGAAGAAGUUUACCCAGCUUGGUAGUUUUGUUCCUGUCCGGUACUCAGUUGAGAGCGGCACCCUUGAGAGCUUCUGCAGUGACCCAACAGGUCCAUACCGCGCUGCAGCUGGACAAGACUUGGAGCAUGCAGGGCGAGUGGUUAUCAUUGCAGACCUAUUGGCUAUUGCAAAGGAAGCAAAACGGUGCUUACAGCUCCCUCCUGCAUUCAAGGGUAAAGAUGCAAGGGAGUACAAAGCUAAGGGCAAGACACCUGCUUUCAAGGCAGGGAUCAGCAAUGCAGGCUCACUCUUUGGAAUGCGCUUUUGGGUGGCAGCUGUGGACAAGAUACACAAUCUCCGAAACAGCAGUCACACUCAACAAGGGGUUCAGCUCAUUACUCAGUCCUUGUCCUUGGUGAUUGGAGCAACCGCCACACCAUUGUUUACGUCGCUCAAAUGCCUGCUUGCUCUUGGACAAAACCUGCGCUACCAGCCAUUGCUUGGUGAGCAAGGAGUUCAGGUCUGGAACAAGAUGCAGGAAAUGCUGUCAACUGGUAAUGAAAGUUGGAGGCUUACAAGCACAGCGGUAAUUCAAGCCACAGUAGAAAGGGAGCUUCAAGCGGCACUUUUACUUGGCAAAAUUCCCUUGUACAACCCCUGCGCUGCUAAGAUCAAGGAAGAACUGGAAAGCAAGUACCAGGCUGAGGACCAGCGGAGCAUCCUCCAUAUGAUUCAUGUCUCAAAGCAGCCACUAAACAUGUUGCGCUUGCUUCUUCUCCCCAUCAUGAUUCGUUGCACAAAUGAGUCCUUAGACUAUUUGGGCAGACAAAUCUUGGAUCUCCUGUUUGUACAGAAGUUCAUUGCUUGGGCACCCAUGAAUGAAGAAGAGAAAGAAAUGCAACGGGUCAUCAAUCAAGAGCACACACAGCAGAAGAGCAAAAAAAAGCAAGCGCAGGACAAUGUGGGUGACAAUGGGGAUGAGGAUGUAGAUGAGAAUGCAUGGAAUGGGUCUCAGGCACAGGGGGAGGUGGAACGGAGCAAUUGCAAGAAUGUCAGGUGGCAUAACUUCCUGAUAGAACAGAAGUUUGCUGGCAUGCUGGCUAAGCUGGGAGCGCUACGGCUGGAAGAGCAGGCUCAGGAGCUUGAUCGUGGUACCUUGACAAACAAAGUCACCGACAACUGGACAGUGGAGAAUCUGCCCCAGAAGAUGUCCACAAGGAUGCAAUGUGUCAUGGGACUGAUUGAGUGGUUCUGGAUUGGCAACCCCAAACCCGUUGCAUUGCUUGAGGAUGGUAUGCUAGAUAAAGCAAGGCUUGUUCAAGAACCUUUGCCCAGCAAGAAGCCGCGGAAGUUUCUCAUAUACAUGGAAUUUCAGCAGCACCAAGCGCUCAUUGCAAAGAUGCUCACUCUCAAAGAAAAAGACUAUGUGACGUACAACGGCUCUAUGGCUACCACCAAGCGUCAACGGUCUGUUGAGAAGUUUGCCAACAACCCAUCAUGCCAAAUCAUGAUCAUCAGCAAUGUAGGCUCAGCUGGUCUCAACUUGGUGGAAGCCUCAGUUGUGAUCAUUGUAAGCAGUGUUUGGUCUGGGCUUGAGCUUGACCAAAUCAUGGGUUGCGUUGAUUGCCCUGGGCAGCUGCAAGAUGUAGCUGUAUACAACAUCAUGGCGCCAGAGGGAAUUGAUCUGGCCCUGAAUGUUAACGCAGAUAGUAAGGCACAGCUCUCUAACCAUUUCCUGAGCUUGCAAAGAACCUUGCAAACUGUGUACUCGGAAAUUGCUCAGCCACACUCCAAUGAUCACAAUGAGCUUGACUUGGAGGAGAUCCCUGCAGUCUCUUCAACAAAGGGUACAAAACCAUCCACUUCCAAAGCUGGGCCAUGCAAGAGAAAAAGCCAAAAUGAACAAUGCUCUCAAGAUGCAAAUGCUGUUCAAAAGCUAGCCCUAGCCAAGGCACUGGGAUCACAGGUUUCUGGUGCUCCCUCAAGCAAUUUAGUCCCUACAACACAGAGCAUGCAACCUCUUCCAACAUCAUCAACAGGAAGCACAGAACAAACUGAUGAGUUGUUGAUAUCCCAGGGUGUACCUACCACUACACCAAAUGCCAUUGGUGCCUGGACAAUGGUGGCCAGUAGUCAACAGAAGACUAAGCUCCAUGCAAAAAAGGCAAGACUUGGUCACUCUUCUUCUGACCCAUCAUUGGUGGCUGCGGCAACAGCACAGCCAAGUCAGCCUUUAUCUGCAACAGGGCCAAUAUUGUUGCCAGCCAAGAAGCGCACAGCACCGUCCAUGGAUCCACCAAGCAGCAUGCCAACAUGUACAGAUCCAGCUGCCAGUGGUAGCUCUUCAAGACAAGCACCAAUUGUUCCCAGGCCAUCUGGAAGUGCACAGCCAAGAGCAGCUACUGCUACACUGGAGCAGCUGUUGCAAUUACAGCCUGGGUCUAGCUCCACAGCACCUACUACAUCUGGGCACUCAGUAGUCACAGGAGGUGGAAGCUCACAGAGGAAGGUGUUCCGUCUGAAAGCAUCAAAACUCUUGGCUAGUAAUCACUCUGUUGAAGCAAAAAAGUAA